AUGGGUCUCUCAAUAUCAUCUCUCUUUCAAUCUUUGUCCUCGCUGGUUCGAUGGAGCAAGGACCAGGACGUCCGGAUUCUCAUGUUAGGGCUGGAUUCUGCUGGAAAGACAACUAUCCUUUAUAGACUUCAGAUUGGCGAAGUUGUCUCCACAAUACCCACAAUUGGUUUCAACGUCGAGACAGUACAGUAUAAAAACAUCAAAUUCCAAGUCUGGGAUCUCGGUGGCCAGUCGAGUAUCCGGCCAUAUUGGCGAUGCUAUUUCCCCAACACCUCAGCAAUUAUUUAUGUCAUUGAUUCAUCAGACCAUUCUCGGUUGACAACGUCGCGUACCGAGCUUCUAACGAUGCUGUCGGAAGAAGAAUUGAAGGGCGCCCCCCUAUUGGUGUUUUGCAAUAAACAGGACGUCGAAGGUGCUCUCAAGCCUGAAGAAAUCAGUGAGCAGCUUGGCCUUGCAGGUGGGGAGAAGACACGACCAUGGAGUGUCAGGGGAAGUUGUGCGACCAAAGGCGAAGGUUUAGAAGAAGGGUUGGAUUGGCUUGUAAAUGCAAUACAGCAGAAGUAA